CUGGAAUCCAAUCCCAACGCUCAAGCUAAAGAAAAUUUUAGUAUCAAAUCGACUUGUUAGUUAGUUAGUGACCGUCCGGUAUCUAACAUCAUUAGUCGAUUUACUUUCGAUUCGAUUCGAUUUGGAAUAUCGAGAAAAUAAACCCUCCUGCUGGCGAGAAAUUCGCGUUUCUAUUACUGCUCAUUUACCCCCCGCAUUGGCAUCAGUUUUGGUUUUUUUUUGUAUUAUUUUCGUUUUUUGUUGUUGUGUGUUUCCGCAAUUUUUACUCAGCCCUGCGUUGAAUUAAAUGUAAACCGCCGAGGGAACAAUGCUCCUGUACCGUUUGGGCAUGUCCUCGCUGGCGAUGCUCGCCAUGCUGCACUGCACCAGCACGCAGCAUUGCCCCAUGUGGAGGCAAAUCGUGCCGUGCACCUGCAAGACUGACUACGUCGACAAGGUGACCACCAUCACCUGCGACAAGAUGACCUCCUUCGAGCACGUGGUGGAGAAGCUGCGCGGCCACUUCAACCCGGAGGACCGCGUCUCCCUGCGGCUGGCCUACUCCACGUUGGGCGAUCUCUACAAGCGCAGCUUCGACGAGUUCAACAUGACCAUCGUCAAUUUGAAGCUGAACCACGACGUUAUAGGUUUUUUAGAUCCGGAAACCUUCCGGAGCCUGACGCGCGUCAACUACUUCAGUUUGGCCGACAACGAUCUGCGUGAGGUGCCCGAGAAACUGUGGAAGCAGAUGCCCAACGUGAAGACCUUGGACUUGGGCCGCACCAAGAUCAAAACCCUAUCGGAAACCAGCUUCUCGAAUUUAAAGGACAUCGAAUGCUUGGUGUUGGCCGGCAAUCAGAUAUCCGAGAUGGAUCCCAAGUCGAUACCGCCGCAAAUCCAGCGGCUCCACAUCGGCAGGAAUCACAUCAAGCGAUUGAACAAUACGUUGAAGAACCUCACGGAGUUGAAGUGGUUGUUUAUUAACGGAAACGAAUUGGAGGACAUCGAAAGCCAGUUGCCCAAAUUCGCGCCCAAAUUAAAAUUAAUUCACGCUUCGGAUAAUCUUCUGGAAAAACUACCGCAGCAACUCAAGAACUAUCCGACUUUAGAGUCGAUUUUCUUCCACAACAACAAGCUGAGGUCUCUGGACGGGGCGCUGUCCAAAUCCACGCAUCUCCAAUUAGCCGAGUUGGAGCACAAUCAAUUAGCAAAAUUGAGCGAAGAAGAUUUCGCCGUUCCCUCUUCGUUGAAGUCCUUAUUCCUGGCCUUCAACGAGCUCACUAGUUUGAACAAUUCCCUGACCAAACUGACCAAUCUGAACUUCCUGAAUUUGAAGUUCAACCGCCUCACGGAGUUCUCCUUGGAGGAGAUCGUCGAUUUGAAGGAGUUGCGCAGCAUCGAUUUGUCCUACAAUCGCAUCUCCACGUUGAAGGGACCGCCGCCUAAUUUGGUCGAUUGGAACAUCAAACUGACGGAGCUGAAGCUCGACCACAACGAUCUCCAGACCCUAAACGGAGCCCUAUCCGGCCUCACCGAGCUGCUUCGGUUGAAUCUGAGCUUCAACAAGUUGAGGAAAAUCUCGCCCGAAGACUUUAUUGGUUUGGAAGAGCUGCGAUUGCUCGACAUAUCCUACAAUUACUUGACCACCUUAGAGGAGACCAGCAAGACGUACCUACCGAGAUUGUCGGAGUUGAAGGCCAGCCACAAUUUGCUGACGAUAUUAGAUAAGGAUUUCCACGGUUUGCCUGUCUUGUGUUACGCAGAUUUGUCCAAUAAUCAAAUCGUCGCUCUGGGAAGGGAUUUGGUGGCGAAAACUCGAUGUACUAUAGAACAUGGAGUACACGAAGGCACUUGGGACAUUUUGAAAAUAAACCUUCAAGAAAACCCGAUACUUUGCGAUGCCGCUUUACCCGACAUAACAUCGAUCAUGGAAACAAACCACACUAGAAUAUACGGCGUGUCCCAUUGCCCUCCAUUGAACGAACAACCGACGACAUCCAAACCGAACGCCUUUUUGGGCUACGUACCCGACUCCAAGACAUCGAAACCCAUCUACAACCCACCGAUAGAGUACCAAAACGAGCAAGAAGCCCAGCACACCGACAACCAAACCCCCCGAGUGCAAAACGUCGAACCCCUAUCUUCGGGAAGCCCCGAAUUGCGCUACGAAAUCCACAACAACGAUCCCACCAUCGUCGAAGACAACUCCAACAUCACCGAGCAUUUGAACGUUGUUAACGGUAACGAUACCGCAACGGCGGGGAGCGAUAAUAGCGGCAGUAAGCCGCCUUCUGGUGGAAAUUUCGACCCGGUGAAGCAGGGAAAGCAGAUCGACAAGCUCGCCUCGGAGAUCGAGGAGUUGCGCACGCGAAUCGACCAGUUAUCCAACCAGAAUCAAAUGCUGUUGAGCACGAAAUUCGUCAAGGACGAGAAGUUGUCGGAGUUGCAGAAGCCCUGAGAGGAAGGAGGUCGGUCGCUCGACUAGUCGUAUCGAGUAGGUAAGUAGUUUGUCACUAAGUAAGCAGAAACGUAGUUUUUGGGGGAUACGCUAAAUUUCAAUGGGGAAAUGUACUUUUAACGCCGCGUUUACAAGGCUCAUGGUAGUCGAGAUGUUACUAGUCAUUAAAAAAUAAAAAUGCUACUUAUCAAACGAAUCCAAUAUACUUUUAUACCUACAAUGUGGUGCAUAACUGUAGUGCCACCUUUAUUUUCGAAUGUUAGGAAACUUUUUUCAAAUUUGUACGAAUUGAACUUAUCAGAACCAUCUAACCUAUUUAACUCGCAAGAAAAAAAUAACUUAAAAAUGACACUAUUUUUUUAGAAAAUGAAAUAAAGAUGUUUCCUAACAUUAGAAAAUUAUGGAGGUAUUGUUGUUAUACCCCACAGUGUAUAAUUCAUUAUUCAAUUAAAACGCGGUACUUCACUCCUAUGCAGCGCUUGCAAAUGCAUUUACGAAUAAAUUAAUAUAACAACCAUUCCAGAAAUAAAAAAAAACAAUAAUUAAUAGACAUUAUUCGACCAGCUCGAUUAUUCUAAAAUUGAAAAAAAGUACCUGUUCAAUGUAUAUAAUUAAUAAAAAAUAUCACGAUCGUUAGAAUUAAGAAUUAUCUAAUAAUUAACAAGUCAUUCUUAGUGACACAUCAAUGAAAUGAAAGCAUAUAAGAUUAAUGUGAUAUUUUAGACGAAUUUAAACGUUAUAACAAGAUAGUGCCAUAUUUUUACAAAUUAUUUACUAUUAUUUAAUAUUGUACGUUUAGUUGUUUUGUAUAUAUGUUUAACUAACUCGACGCAGCUUUUCCUAGUUCGUAGACAAUUCUUACAAUUAGAUCAAAUGUAUUUUAUAUUAUCAAACGGUUUAAAUGUAUAAAUAAAAUAGUUUAAUUAAAACGCAGACUUUUUUAUUCGUACUCGUAUUUUCCUAUACAACAAAGUACUGUACCUGAUAUAACUAAUACUGCUCCCAAAAUUGAUCCUAAAACCAAUAAUGAUUAUAUCGACUGACCCGUUAUACAGGGUGUCCCGUAUAAGAACCGAUACACAAGAGAGGCGCGAAGGGAAGCCCAAAAUAUGAUGUUCAACCCAACUUAAGUUAAUACAAAGUUACAUUCAUGAGAAGUUAUAGGCCUUCUAAGUGGAGUUACAAAUUUAAAAUAAUAUUAAUAUCUCAGUAAUACUCAAACUUAAAAGAUAUUCCGAUGUUCCCUUAAAAUGUUACAGAAUUUUUUUACCUGAUCAUGAUUAGAUCAUUUGAUAGGUAAUUGAUUUGAGAACAUUUUUUAUUCUUUUUCAUUAAAGUUCUUUGUCGUUUUGAUGGAACAUAAAUUCAUGGAUAAUUCAAAAGUUGCCUGUUUUAAGCAGAGUUAAACAACAUAUUUUAGGUUUCCCUACACGCCCCUGCUCUGUAUGAGUUCUUUUGUAUUUCCAUGUCUUUCCAUGUCUUAUAUAUUUUCAAUAUGCAGUGUGUCCCUAGGUGGAGUGGACGAAAUUGUAAUUUGUAACACUUUUGUAAUUUUUCUCUAAUAACAAACUUCUUUUUAACAUAAACAAAGAUUAGAUACAAUUUUCAAAAAGAAACGAAGAUAGAGAAUUUAUUUAACGUCACUGAUUUUAUUUAUUUUUUUGGGUAUUUCCAUUUUAUUUAGUCUAUCAGUAUUAUAAAAUAUAACGUAAAAUAAUAAAUAAUGAUAAUUCACAUUUGAGGAAAUUCCAUGGUUUAAUUUCAUGUUCAAUUUAAUAUUAAUGUUCCACAUUUAUUAAAACCUUGUACAUAUUAGAGUCCAGAUUUUAACAUAGCAAAUUUAAUUUUUUCAACAAACAAGCCUCUUUAUAAGGAAUAACUUUUCUUCGUAACAUUAAAAAUUAUGAUUUCAUUCCUCUCAUCCUCAAGUCCAUCCAGGUACACACUGUACAGGGUGUUUUUUAAUAACAUGCUAAUACUGAAGGGGGUGAUUUUUGGGGCCUUUUUAAGAAAAAGAGAACUUCAUAUGUUAACUUCAUAUAAGAACUUCCCUGUGCAGAAAUUAGGUAAUAAUAAAUUUUGACAUGUUUGACAUGUAUGUUCAUAUGAAGUUUUUUUCUUAAAAUGGGUCCAAGAAAAAGCCGCUUCAGUAUUAGCACUUGCUAAUGACAUCAUUAAAAAACUCCCUGUAUAGUAAUAAAUAUAAAAAAACAGAAUGGUUAAUAAAUAAAGUUAAAAAUAACAUAAAUUAAAAAAUCUUACUUAUUUUGGGAAAUUCUUUCUCGAUAAACCAACCGGAUAUCGCUGUGAAUACGAAUGCUAAGGAAUUUGCUACAGGCACUGCCAAUGUUAUAUCGGCAUUAGUUAGGGUUAAAUAAUACAAUACCGAUCCUAAUUGAUUGAUUAACAUAGGAAAUAACUGCAAAUUAGUAGCUAGAUAUUUUAUUUCUAAAGCGAAUUGAGCUAUUCUAGAAUUACCCUUUACUUUCAGGAUAUCUUUGGAGUUUUUCUUUAUUAGCGGAUUUGUUGUUCCCCACAAAAUGCCGGUGCCCAGCAAACUUACUGAAAUAGGGUAUAAAAUAUGUGUUAAUCAGUGAUUAUGUUGUUUUAUUUAAAAAACUUACAUAUCUGCAAAAACAUGAUGAAAAAUACAAAUAUAAACAAAUUAAAUCGGAUAUGUGUCAAAAAUGUCACUGUCAAUUAAGUCUUCUUUUUUUUUGGUCUCUUUCUGAACACCAUGUUCAGUUAUUUUUUUUUAGUAAAUUUGGUUACAUAUUAUUUUCACAAUUAUUUAAAAGUUUAGUUUAGUAAUAAGUAAAAACUUAUAUACAAAUUUUUAUUUCUGGUGCGUUUUGAGUGCAAUGAGAUGUUAAUGUAUUGAUUUCCUUGAUUUGACAAAAUUGUUUCUUUUACUGUUAUUUCAAGAUACACAAUAAAUACAAAAUUACAAAAACUAAAAUAUUCGAUGAACUAAACAUGAGUUUAUAUACACUAAAAAAGUAUUCAGUUUUUUAAAAUCAAUCUCACAUUACAAACAUUUACUUAUAACAUUUAUAUUCCUUAAAUUAAGGCCUCAACUUCGACACAAUCCAAGGUACAUAAUUGGCUACUUUCGUGUAGACUCCAGGCCAGCCUUCCAUACCGCAAGGUGAAGGCCCGAACGAUACCACACCGAUCACGAACCAAUUCAGCUGAUACUCCGCAUCGGGGGACAAUUUCAUGAGGGGUCCUCCGCUGUCUCCUCUGCAAGAAUCCUUGCCCUUUUCACCACCUGCGCACAACUGACCAUUAUUAACGGUCACGCCGGCCUGACGGUAGGUUCUCGAGCAAUCCGAAUUCGUUUUAACAGGCACCUAAAACCAAGAGUUAAAGUAGAGAGAAUUAUUUCAAAAGAAUUUGUACCCGGAAAUUUGGAAUAAAACGUAAUAUUCCUUCAUUAAUAUUUCUUGAGUGUUCUUCAAAAUAUGUUUGCUCCUUUUGAAGCGAUACACAUAGUCAGACGCCUUUUCUAAUCAUCCAAGCACCUUUAAAAUCCCUUUUUGGUACGGCUUUUAGCUCCUUCCGCGAAUUUUCUGUGAUGGCAUUUAGGGAGUCGAAACGGGAUCCUCGAAGUGACAAAUGGAAUUUGGGAAACAAAUAAAAAUAUCGCACGAGGCUAUAUCUGGUGAGUAAGGCGGCUGGUCGAUGGUACGUUGAUAGCAAUCAUGAUGGAAAGUGAAGAGAAUUGGGAGGUGGUUAGAGCAAUGGUGGGCAGAAUAAUGAAAAGUAAGGGGAGGAUGAGAGAUUAAGGCAAGGAAGAGGAUAAGAGAGCCUGCUGGUGGCCGAAGAUAUGCGGAGGAGGUUUUAGCCAGAGUAGCGCCUAGCAUAACCAUGCAAAGCAGGAACCAUGCGGUUUCCCCUUCAACCCUUAAAAGAGAGUGGGCAGGGUAGAAUAGGGAAGUUAGGGUAGCUAGUAUUAGAAAAAAUUGCUUCAAAAUAACCGAGCAUCUGGUUUGCUUAGAAUUAAAAGAUCUAUACGCAGUUAAAAAAAAAAAAAGUAUCAACUUAUGAGACACCCUGUAUAGUAGGUAAAUGAAAUUUGAGCAAUUUUACUCACGUCCAGUUUUAAUUUGAUGUUACUUUCGGAUCUUUUUUCGGUUUUUCCCCAACCGGAUACAGUUAAUUUGGUGCCGGUAUAAUCUCUGCUUUGGUCUAAGCUGGUUUUGGGUAGACAAAUCGGUCGAACGAAUCCUAAAAAAAAUAUUUGUAAUUUUUGUAAUCCUACCAUUACAUUUCGAACCAAAAAUAAACUAAGACUUAACUAAUUUAUCAAAGAUAACUUACCGGUGUAUUUAACUUCCCUAGCCAGCCUGAGAAGAGCAAUAUCAUUGUACUGGUUAACAUCGUACGGAUUGUACUGCUCAUGUGCAAUUGCCUCUUCGACCAGCACAUUAACAGGUGGAGGAGCGCAUCUUUGCUUGCCGUUUUGCAAUGAUACGCAGUCGGAAUCGGUUUCCGUGUUGUAUUCUCCCAAUCGUACGCUCGAA